AUGUCGCGGUUUAUACUGUUGCUUCUUGCUGUUUUUCUUCAUUCUUCUAACUCCAAGGCUAUACUCGAAGUAUUGAUGGAUCCUGAGGGUUGUACUUAUCUGAAAUGUGAGUUUCGAGGAACAGGAGAGCAUUGUAAUCCAGCCAGCAGUCUGAAGGAAGCAUUGAAAACGGGCAACGGAACAAGUUUCAAACUUCUCAAGGGCGAGACAGAUUACAAACUUCUUGCACGGUUAGAGCGUCGAUAUGAUUCGAACACAUUCACGAUUGUGAGGGACAUCAAUCUGGGGGAGAAGUGUGAGAAGAAGGCUCUGUGGUGCAACGCCGUUUUCUCUAUUGUGGCCGGAAGUUUAAGCGAAUACUUGGAGCUAGUCGUGAACAUGCGGCUCAAGGAUUGCUGA